UGCAUAUUGUUUAUAGAUUUGUGUGGUGUUUUGAAAAUUUUGGACGAAGAUCAGUGAUUUUUCGAAUUUUUGUAGAACCCGUAUUAGCGCCAGAUUGUCAUUAACCUAAUAUGCCGAAGGUACGCCGGAGUAGAAAGCAACCACCGGAAGGAUGGGAACUAAUCGAACCAACGCUAGAAGAACUGGAACAGAAAAUGCGUGAAGCGGAAACUGAACCGCACGAGGGAAAACGCAUAACCGAAUCGUUGUGGCCAAUUUUCAAGAUUCACCACCAAAAGUCCCGGUACAUUUAUGAUCUUUUCUAUCGACGAAAAGCUAUCAGCCGGGAACUGUACGACUACUGUCUGAAGGAAAAAAUCGCCGACGGAAAUUUGAUUGCCAAGUGGAAAAAAUCGGGCUAUGAGAACCUGUGCUGUUUGCGGUGCAUUCAAACCCGCGAUACCAACUUCGGCACUAACUGCAUCUGCCGGGUUCCGAAAUCGAAACUGGAAGAAGGGAGGGUGGUGGAGUGCGUGCACUGUGGUUGCCGGGGGUGUUCCGGUUAAAGAAAAGCUUACAUGAGACGAGUGGUGGUUUAUGCGAGAUAGUGCGAUGACGACUAAGAUUUUAAUUAGAGAUAUUCGUUUUAAUAGGAAUAAA